AUGUACGAGGAGAUGACCAGCACGGAGACGGCUACGGCCACGUGCGACGAGAGCACCGGAACGGAGUUGAACGAAGAGUUGGAGUUUGUGUUCAAAGUUGUCGUAGUGGGCGACUAUGGCGUGGGCAAAACGUCACUUGUAAAGCGACUUCUCAGUGUGCCCUACACACAGCGGGGGGAUGACGCGGCCGUAACGCUGGCGGAGGAGUCUCCCGCUGCGAGUGACCCCUGCCGGUCUGUGACGCCGACAGUCGGCACUGAUUUUUUCUCACGUGUGGUGCGAAAUGUGCGUGGUGGUCAACAUGUGCGGCUGCAGUUUUGGGACACGGCGGGGCUGGAGCGGUACGCCGCGGUACAUGCCACAACACACCGCAACGCAUCUGCCGUGAUGGCCGUAUUUGACGUGAGCGAUCGACGCAGCCUGGACUCGCUGCUCUCGACGCACCUGAGCACGGCCGCUCGCCACAACCCGGAAUUGGACCAGCGGAGUGUGAUUGUGGUCGGGAACAAAACGGACCUCCUGUUGACAUCGAAGGAGAAGGAAUUAUCAAGCCAUAAGCCGGAGUUUGUGACGCAGCGUGAUGUCCAAUUGGGACUCUUGGACGCACUUCCGGAUAUCGUCUACCACGAGGCGAGUGCCGUCACAAAUAUUGGCGUGAGUGGCCUGCUGCAUUCCUUAUGCCAGGCUCUGCUUAAAGUGCAUGGCGGGGAGGAAAUCGAAGAGCUGCAGCCUGCGACAGGGGAAGCGGGAACACAGCUGCAAUACUCCGUGCUUCCCAAAGGACAUAGCACCACUUCUGCUGUUGAUACGACAGCCGCGGCAUCCUUCGCGGGGACGGAAGUGUCACCAACGAAAGCGGGCUAUUCUACGAGCGAAGGCAAUGACAGCAACGCCGCCCACAACAAGGACGCAAAGGAUCCUCAUGUCACUGAGAAACAUGCCGACCCCUAUGACAUGCCUCCUUCCAAAAGUUUAAAGGCGUGUGAGGUGGCAGUCAAUCCCUCCGUUCGUGAGUGUGCCGCGGCUUUAGAGGAGAACUCAUUGGAAGAUAAAAACCGGUAUGAUAGCCACACGAGUUCCAUUUAUGGUGAAGAGCCCGCGUCACCGCCCCUGUUGUCUCACACCCUCUUACGAGGACCCCGUCAAUUGGGUCCUCUAUCGGCUCAAAGGGAAGGAAAUAAUUCCAAUUUACUGUUACAUAGCAACAAGGACGAGGAUGAGUGUCGGAGAACGACGGAGUACAGCAGCGCUGAUUCGGGUGACUUUCAGCGGGAAAUUGAAGAUCGAUUUAAACGUGCAGAAGACACCGCAAGAAGAACCGCUGCAGAGUCACGGAACUCUCAGCAGCAGAAGAGCAAAAAAGCGUCCAAGGUGAAUUUAUCGCGGUGUUAUGGUGGUGACCGUCGUGCUGGCAGCGGUGGCGGCGGCGGUGGCGAUGGAUCGGCCGGUAGAAAAUCAAAGGGAUGCAAGUGCUAG